AUGUGAAAGAGAGUGAGAGAGAAAAGUCUGAAGGAAAGCUGAGGUUUGAGCAAAAUGCAUAAAUCCAGAUCUUUCGCCACUGGAUCACAAAUGCCAGAUUUGAUGUAAUAAGCAGAAGCCAUUAGGAACUACAGGGGAUGAAAUUGGAAACAGCUUGGCUAUCUGUGUGAUGGAAUGCAAAAACAUUCAGGAGAAUAUAAAUGUGCAAAUUCAUGCAGAGAAACCAUUAGUAGCGGGUCUCUUUCACAGGCCUACCGCCAGGACAACCUGCAGUCAGACAUUUGGUCGGAUCAAUGAGCAACAUUGGCCAGCAAGCAGUACUGUGCAUAUUGCAAAGCAGGCAAUUCUGAGGGAUCAGAGGCAAAAGAAACAAUGGGUACAAACCAACCUGAUGUCUCAGCAUCUGGAGCAGCCAGAAAUGGCAUUGAUGCCAUUAACGCUGUUGCGCCACGGGCAGCAGUCCAACAUAGAGCACAGCAGGAGGAAAUACAGUCCCCAAAAUACUAUCAACAGAAGCCAGUCUAACUCGAUCUCCAUUCUCCAUUUCCCAAAUGAAUCCAAACACUUGGGAAAAGAUCAGAGCCUUUCAGCCAGGAAUUCAGGAAUAUUGAUACCAGAUGUCCGUGUGUCCAGCAAUCAAGGCUUUGUUGAAAUGAAACAAAAUUUGUGGAAGAAACAAAAUAAGAGUUUUCUUCACAAGGAAGAAAAUUUGCUUCCAUUACAGUUACGAAUUGGACAGGUGGAUGGUGAUGCUCAUGUAAGGUUCUCAGAGGUUUCUGAUCGUUUUUAUGAAUCAACGAUUCCUAACUCCCUCCAGCGCAAUCUCACCAUGGCAGAUCUCAGAACAUCUUGCCUCUCAGCGGGUCACCACAAGUCUGACACACUGCGCUCCAUCCUGAAAUCCUCCCAGACCUCUGCAAGCCUACACCGCUCAAUGCUCAGCCUGCAAGACAUUUACAAAGCAGAAUUUGUUUCAGGAGAAUCUCAAAGUCCCAGCUCAUUGAAGGUCUGGACUUCAAGUUUAACUUUUGGGGAUGGAAAGCCGAAAAGGGCUGAAGAGGUAGAUCCAAGUUUUAGGAACUGCACAAAUGUCCUACAAACUCAGUACUGCAUUAAUAACUGUGAUCCCUGUCUUGCACAUGGUAAAAUUGAAGUGAGACCAGCAACUGUUGCAGAACGGAAACAGAAGCUGAUGUUUCGGCAGAAAACUAUGACCAUUCUUGUCAAUCGAGAGGUCCCAGUGUAUUGA